UGUGGAACUCAAGAAUCUCCACUGCCGUGGCUUCGCAAACUUCAUAUGGCUGGGGGACUUACAGGAUUCCUCCUCACGAAAUGGCGCUCCUGGAUCUUGCUCAACGAUUCCUGGUCGAGCAAAUGGUGGUACUCGACCGUGCACAUUGUCACCGUGACGGUGGGAGCCGGGGUCUUGAGCUUGCCGACGGUCAUGGCCUACUUUGGAUGGGCGCUCGGAACUAUGCUGCUGGUUGGAUUCCUGAUCCUGAGCCUGAUGUGCUACUGGCAGCUGAUUGAAAUGCACGAGACUGAACAUGGCCGCCGGUUCGAUCGAUACCACGAGCUGGGACAGCACAUCCUGGGACGCCAUCUCGGAUUCUGGCUCAUUGCUCCGCUCCAGGCCAUCGCCCAAGUGGGAAUUGACACGGUUUACAUCAUCGCCGGGGCGAAUUCCCUCGAGCACGUCUACUCACUCUUUGACAAAUGCAAAGAGCUGGACGUCCAUAAAUGCAAGGGCAUCAACCUGACUUACUGGAUGAUAUUGUUCAUGGGGGUGCAGCUCUUGCUCUCGCAGCUCCCGCACUUUCAGUCCAUCACCUGGGUGUCAUUCAUCGCUGCUGUUACAGCCAUUGGGUAUUGCACACUUGCCUGGGUUGGAAUUCUGAUUAAGCAACCUGCUUUAAGUUCAGGUUCAGCUGCAUCUGCACCUACACAAUGUUUUCAGAAUGUUGGGCAUGGCUAUCCACAUGGUUCCAAAGCUCACUUAGCUUUCGGGAUCUUCACCUCUCUCGGGAAGCUGGCAUUUGCAGUAGCAGCCGGGCACAACAUUGCUCUCGAGAUCCAGGCCACGAUCCCGAGCACUAGUCGCCACCCUUCGAAAAGAGCGAUGUGGAGAGGGAUUCUGGUGGCCUAUCUGGUGGUUGCGUUUUGCUACUUGCCUGUGGCGCUUGUGGGAUACAAGGUUUACGGGGAUGAAACACGCGACUUGUGCUCCGGCUUGGACAAUGUCCUGCUCAGGCUCAGGAAUCCCAAACCGAUGAUUGUUCUCGCGGAUUUGAUGGUUUUCAUACAUCUGUGUGGCAGCUACCAAGUGCUUGCAAUGCCACUUUUUAGCAAUUUUGAGACGCUCGUGGAGAGGAUGUUCAAAUUUGAGGCGAACCUCAAACAUAGAAUGAUCAUGAGAUCGUGUUAUGUUGCCUUCACGUUUUUGCUGGCCGCAUCACUUCCAUUUUUUAGUGACCUUCAGGCCUUUAUUGGAGGUUUUGCAUUAGUUCCUACAACUUACGUGAUACCUUCCGUUCUUUGGCAUUUUGAAAGAAAACCAGAAAGAUAUAGUCCCCAAUGGAUAGCAAACUUGAUCUGCAUAUCCUUUGGAACCGUGGUGAUGUUUACAUCGACCACAGGUGGGCUUCGGAGUUUGAUAUUGAAAAGAGAAAAAUCAAAGCCUUUUUCUUGAGCAAUAUAUCGGUACAAUUUGUUUUUCUUUUUUUCUUUCUCUCGAAGUCAGCUGUGUUUAUAAUGAAAAACUCAAUUUACA